AUGACAUCACUCCCCCCCUCCACACGUCCCCCACGCCCCCCGGCCCAAACGCCUCUUGCGCGACGGUCCCUAACGGCCGCGGGCCGUACCAUCCCACGACCCGGAGGGGGGGUAGCACCCAGCUCCGGCGGAGAACCGCCCUCCCGAGCGGCAGCCGCCGCCUCCCGGGGAGUCCCCGAUUCUUCACGGAGGGCAAAAACCUCCCGAGGGGGCGGCGGGGAGGAGCGGGACGAGCCCCCGGUGCGGCGGUCUCCCGGCGGUUCCCCCCCGUCCCCCCUCCGCCGCCGCAGUGGUACGUCCCGGCGGGGCGGGGCGGCGCGUGCGCAGCGCGGGGCGGCGGCGGCGGCCGGACGUUGGGAGCGCGGAGGUGGAGGACGGGCCGAGGCUGGGGCUGAGGAGAGCGGGGCGGGGGCAGCGCCUCGGGGCCGGGCCGCGGCCCUGUCACGGCGAGGCGGCGGGCCCGCCCCCGGCCCUGAGGUGAAGGCCUCGGUGGCCGCCCUCCCCGCCGGCCAGGCCGGGUUCCCCCAGCACCGCUGUCCCCAACGGGAGCCUGCGGGGCCUCCCCGGGGCGGCAGUGCCCGGGUUCUCUCCGUUAGCCAUUUGUUAAAGGGGGUGUUUACAGCGGCUCCGGCCCCGCAGAGGUUCUUUAUGCUCUUCCAGGAGAUCGCUGCCUUUACUAAAAGCUUCCUCCGUGCCUUCGGCCUUUUCGGAGGAAAUUCCAGCUGCUGUGUUCUUACACUGUUAAUUUUGUUAAGCCUUUGUCAACCUUUUUUUUCCCUUGUUGUUUUUUUUUCCCCUUUUCUUACAGAUUAUAGUACCUAUAGCCAAGCUGCAGCUCAGCAGGGCUACAGCGCGUACGCACCUCAGCCAGCUCAAGGAUAUGCACAGACCACCCAGACGUACGGGCAGAGUUACGGAACCUACGGGCAGCCCACCGACGUCAGCUACACCCAGCCCCAGACGACCGCCACGUACGGGCAGACUGCGUACGCCACGUCCUACGGGCAGCCUCCCACCGGUUAUUCUGCCCCGACUGCCCCCCCGGCCUACAGUCAGCCCGUCCAAGGGUACGGCACGGCCGCCUACGAUACCAACACCGCCACGGUUACCACCACCCAGGCUUCCUACCCAGCGCCCUCCGCUUACGGCACCCAGCCCGCCUACCCGGCCUACGGCCAGCAGCCACCAGCCUCCGCCCCCCCGAGACCCCAGGAUGGCAGCAAACCAGCAGAGACCAGCCAGCCUCAGUCCAGCACGACAGGCUACAGCCAGCCCAGCCUGGGCUACGGCCAGAGCAACUACAGUUACCCUCAGGUGCCUGCCAGCUACCCCCUGCAGCCGGUCACCGCGCCUCCCUCCUACCCACCCACCAGCUACUCCUCCACGCAGCCAAGCAGUUACGAUCAGAGCACUUACUCCCAGCAGAGCACCUACGGGCAACAGAGCACCUACGGGCAGCAGACCAGCUAUGGCCAGCAAAGCAGUUAUGGGCAGCAGCCCCCCCCGACCAGUUACCCACCCCCGACGGCGUCCUACAGCCAGGCCCCGAGCCAGUACAGCCAGCAGAGCAGCAGCUACGGCCAGCAGAGCUCAUUCCGUCAGGACCAUCCGAGCAGCAUGAACGUGUACGGACAGGAAUCUGGAGGCUUUUCAGGCCCAGGAGAGAACCGGAAUCUGAGCGGCCCCGAUAACCGGGGCAGGGGAAGAGGGGGAUAUGAUCGUGGAGGCAUGAGCAGAGGUGGGCGGGGAGGAGGACGCGGUGGAAUGGGCAGCGCUGGAGAGCGAGGUGGCUUCAAUAAGCCUGGUGGACACAUGGAAGAAGGACCGGACCUUGAUUUAGGCCCACCCAUGGACCCGGACGAGGACUCGGACAACAGUUCAGUUUAUGUGCAGGGACUCAAUGAUAAUGUCACCCUGGAGGAGCUGGCAGAUUUCUUCAAACAGUGUGGUGUGGUCAAGAUGAACAAGAGGACGGGGCAGCCCAUGAUCAACCUCUACAUUGACAAAGAAACCGGCAAACCCAAAGGAGACGCCACCGUGUCGUACGAUGACCCGUCCACCGCCAAAACGGCCGUCGAGUGGUUUGAUGGGAAGGAUUUCCAGGGGAACAAGCUCAAAGUGAGCCUGGCGCGGAAGAAGGGCCCCAUGAACAGCCUGCGGGGCGGGAUGCCCCCCCGGGAGCAGCGGGGGAUGCCCCCCCCUCUCCGUGGAGGUCCAGGGGGACCCGGUGGCCCGGGGGGGCCGGGUGGCCCCAGCGGCCCCAUGGGGCGGAUGGGGGGCAGAGGUGGAGAGAGGGGUGGCUUCUCCUCCAGAGGACCCCGGGGGUCCAGGGAAACCCCUCCGGAGGGAGCGUCCAGCACCGAGCUGGGGACUGGCAGUGUCCCAACCCGGGAUGUGGAAACCAGAACUUUGCCUGGAGAACGGAGUGUAACCAGUGCAAGGCUCCCAAACCAGAAGGGUUUCUCCCCCCGCCUUUCCCCCCUCCAGGAGGAGAGCGUGGUAGAGGAGGCCCCGGGGGGAUGAGAGGAGGGCGAGGAGGUGGCCUCAUGGACCGCGGGGGACCCGGUGGCAUGUUCAGAGGUGGCCGAGGUGGAGACAGAGGGGGAUUCAGAGGAGGCCGGGGAAUGGAUCGAGGUGGCUACGGAGGAGGCGGCCGGC